UUUACCCCAGGAUUGGUUUACAAUCCUCAGUCUAUUGUUUGUUAAUGAAUGUUCUGAUCAGAUCAGCAAAAUUUAAAACAGAGCAGUGUCUUUUGAUGUUUUGAAUCCUUUGUUAAAAAAAAAAAAAAAUGAAACACACACACACACACACACAAACUCACACACACCACACACCUCCCACUCUUUUCUGUGAUGUCAUAACCUGAGGUCAUCAAUCAAAAUCACUGUAUAAAAACCCCUUGGUAAUCCACAAGCCACAUUCUGGAGACAGCCCAGACGCUUGAAGACCUCAAACGCUUUGACGCUCCUCGAUUUCAACCGCAAUAUGGACUUUGGAUCAGAAUGUUUCAUUGUUGAAACUGUGACAGACUGUGAUGCUGUGACAGACGAAAGUGUGCUAUAUCAUCCAUUUCAAACUUUUCAUCCGGAACCUAGUAACUACGGAUUAACCAUUCACGAAAACAGUUUCACCCCGGCUUUGUCUGACAAUCUACAAUUUGAUGAUGUUAAUUCUGGUAAGAAACUUAUACACACAGGCUUACUCUUACAGGGAAUGGCGAAAAAAGUAAAACAUGUUUUCUCUUUUCCUUCCAUAGUGACAAGUCAACAAUCAAAUGAUUACCGACCAACUACACCUAGAAACAGUCCGGCUUUGUCUGACAAUCUACAAUUUGAUGAUGUUAAUUCUGUGACAAGUCAACAAUCAAAUGAUUACCGACCAACUACACCUAAUCUCCAACAACAAGAAGAAUGCGAACUGGACGACCUGUACGACUUUCGAUAUCUGAAAAGGGCCGUGGAAAUUUCGCUACGGAGGCUGGAACGUGCAGCUGCAAGCAGAUCACGGGAGGAAUUUAGGUUGGCUUUACCUUUGUUUACAGACCGUGUAAUGCUCUUGGUUAGACAUUGUGUUGAGGAUAUAGAUAAUAAUGUCGCAGAAACGCCCCGGUUGUGAU